AUUACUUUAUGAUUGGUGACAUGACAAGUUAGUAAACAGUCCUAACACACCCACACAAAUAUAUAGAAGCAUAAGGAAUAUAAUAUUAAAUGCAAUUUUUUCUCUAAUCUUUAGUUUAAAAUCCCUAAAAAAAAGAGUGAGAAAAAUGGAAAGAGAAAUUCAUGACAACAUGAAUCCAAAUUCACCUAUCAAGAGAAAUAAAAAAGAACCUUGUGGUGAAUGCAUAGUUCUUGAUCAUGAUUCCAAUUCCAAUGAAGAAACCAACAACAAUGACCUACUCCAAAAAAUGACCAUUAACAAAGAUCAUUCAUUUCAUGCUUCAACUUCAACAACACCAUCAAAAUCCUCUUCAUCUACUAUAUCUUCAAAUAGCAAGGUUGGUUUAAAAUCUCACCCUAUAAAAAAUAAUGAAAUUUCACUCUCCAAGAAAAUCAAAGCUUCUUUAUCCCAAACUAUAUCUCUUUUAAGAAAAAAGUGUCCUUGUUUGGAUAAAAAAUCUUUGCAAAUCAAAGAUAACACACUAAAACCAAAAACCUCAACUUCAACUCCAACACCAACACCUCAAAUUCAAACACUCUCACAAAACCAAAUUACAAAAAGUUCUUUGAAUCACAAUACAACACCAAAAACCAAGUUGACAAUAGAUGAUGAUGAUCAUAAGUCAUUAAAUGAAGGCUUUACUUUUCCUCUAUUCUUAGAAACAACAACCUCAUCACCAAAGCCAAAUGUUGUUCUAAAUGUUGUCCAUGAAGAAGAAGAGCAACCACUAGAUUCAUUGCAUGUUUUUCAACCAACAAGUUCACCAAAGUCAAGUGUAAUGGAUGAAGAUUUAACUAGUGAUGGAAGUUCUGAUCUUUUUGAGAUUGAGGGAUUCUCCACACAAGCCACAACAACACUUGCAUACCCUAUAAGACCUACCAUGAUAGAUUGCCAAGAGACCACAACAAACGUUUCAUGUGAUACUCCUCUCCAAUGAAAUAUAAGUAAGAGUAUCUAAAAAGUUAUGUAUUUGGUCUUAAUUUUCAACCAGAUACAUCAACUUUUCAUACAUCAAUUUUGCUUAUAUUUCAUUUCAGAUGGAGUACUUAGAUUUUGAUUUUCAUUACGUAGUCAAUAAUGAUGCAAUAGUUUUUGGUUAAUUAAAAUAUCUCUUCGUGCAACUGCGUAGACCAAUCUCUUCGUGCAAUUGCGUAGACCAUUCUCUCGAGACAACUGAGAUCCAUUUAAGAUAUUAACAUCUUCCGACAAAUGUUUUUUCCCACACAUUGAUAAAGUAUCGAAUCACCGAAUAAAUAGUUAAGGAAGUCAAAUAUCUACCAUAUCACUUGUAUUGUAUCAUGUUUGUGCAAUAGUAGACAAUCUAAGCUCUCUAUUACUAUGUUUUUGUAUCUCACAAUAUUGGCAUAUAACUUAUAGUCAAUCAUAUUUCUCACGAUCAAUGUAAAUUAAGAGGGGUUAAUUGUUAUACUUAGUGUUACAAGAGUAUUGAGUAA